UUCGUUCACAAAACAUCGCUUUGUAUAGCUUAUACUCAUAUCCUCAUCCUGUAUCAUCCUCAGAUUCUGGUUUCUGACUUUGUACAAAAAACGGUGGCGGAAAAAACGGCAGAGCGUUCUAUUACAGAAAUAUGGGGAAGAUCUUGAAAUCUAAGUCUUCUUGGCCAAGAACCGUCGUGAGGAAGUGGCUAAACUUACGUAGCAGCGCUUACGAAUUUCACUCAGAUUACUCAGUCAAAGGGAAGAUGGAGCUGACUCAGACGAGGAGGAAAAGUUGCUCCGACGGUGAUUACUACAUGAUCGUGCCGGAAAAGUUUCAAGGUUGGUUGGGCCAAGCAAAUGGGGAUAUAAAUCAAUCAACCGGUGAACAACAUGUGACACGUGUUGAUGACAAACUUGAUCUCAAAAUGUUCGUCGGGACAUGGAACGUGGGAGGGAAGUCGCCACAUGAAGGAUUAGACCUAAAAGAUUGGCUUAAAUCUCCCGCUGAUGCCGAUAUUUACGUGCUAGGGUUUCAAGAAAUCGUGCCGUUAAAUGCCGGAAACGUACUUGGAGCCGAGGACAAUGGCCCUGCGGCUAAGUGGUUGUCUUUGAUCCGAGAAGCCUUGAACAACAACAACAACUUAUCACAAAAUGACCUCGAACUUUCUCAAAAUCACAGAACCUCCAUCGAACUUACGAAAUCAUCACAACAGCCCCGUCUCAGCUUCUCCAAUCUUCCGGAUGAUAACUCAGUUGCAUGCAAUUCGACCCCUCCUCGAGGCUAUUCUCUUGCAGCGAGUAAACAGAUGGUGGGGAUCUUUUUGUGUGUGUGGGUAAGAGAUGAUCUCCGGAAACGUAUUACCAACCUCAAGGUUUCAUGCGUUGGUCGUGGCAUUAUGGGAUAUCUUGGAAACAAGGGCUCGAUAUCGAUCAGCAUGUCAUUGCAUGAGACGAGUUUAUGCUUUGUUUGUACGCAUCUUACGUCUGGAGAAAAAGAAGGCGACGAGGUCCGAAGGAACUUAGAUGUGACGGAAAUAUUAAAGAGGACAAGAUUUUCGCGUUCUUCUAAAGAUUCUUGCCCCGAAACGAUAAUGGACCACGAUAAAGUAAUAUGGCUCGGAGAUUUGAAUUAUCGGCUAAGGGCGAGCAGUGACGUGCAUGAACAGCUUAGGAAUCAUGAUUGGGAAGCACUUCUUGAUAAAGAUCAGCUAAAGAUAGAACAAAAAGCUGGUAGAAUUUUUCAGGGAUGGGAAGAAGGAAGGAUUUAUUUCGCACCAACAUAUAAAUAUCUAAUAAACUCGGAUAAUUAUGUUGUCCAAACCGAAAAAUCAAAGGAAAAGCGUAGAAUACCAGCUUGGUGUGAUCGAAUACUGUGGAAAGGUGACGGGUUGAAACAAAUUUGGUACGUGAGAGGAGAGUCGAGAUUCUCGGACCCACAGACCGUUCAAUCUCUAUUUUCGGUUCAUAUUGAUAUUAUAACUCUGAAUCAAUCCAACCGGAGAACUAAACCGCUUAACCAAAACCAUCGUCCUAACCCGGUCUUGCCAUACACGUGCCACGGAAAAGUCCAGGCUGAAGAGAUCUUGUUGCUCACACGUGCACAAAGUUGUAUAGACACACACCCUAGACUUAUAUCGUCUGCUUCCUAAUAAUUUAUUAGUUUCUUUGUUCUUUUGUUUUCUGUUACAUUUUGGAUGUUUUCAUGUUGCCAAAGAAGAGAUGACACAUGGAUUCCUAGGAUUGGACAGUGGAGCUUUCAAAUUGGCAAAAGCAAGAUUGUUAAGUUUUUUUCUUAAUAUUGGGUUAACUCUUUUUUCUUUGUUUCCCUGUAUUAGCUAAAUUUUGUGUAGAAAAGAUAGGGAGCUUUUUGGUUUACAAUUGUGGAAUUUUAGUAGUUGACUUUUGUUUAUAAAGUAAAACAAAAA